CUGAAACGAUUAGUUUAUCUUACUAACAUAGUCUGAUUGGGAAUUUUUGAUGGAUAUUUUUAGCUAACUAAGUUGCCUCUAUCUGAAAACUAGCCAACAAGCUGACAAACAUUCCCCAAUGGUCUCUUGCAAAUAUGUAGCUAACGUUAACUUAACUAAACUAAACUAACAUUCAAACUCGAUGGGCUGCUAAAUAGUCAGUGUUUCAAAUUUAGUGAUUUAAUUAACUCGCUUGAUUAACGUUAGCAAGCUAUCGUGAAUAGCUGUAACGUAGCUAAUUUUGGUAGCUAGCAGCUAUCGAACUAACGUGUAUAUGCAACUUUCCUGCAGUUGUUAGCCUGACGCCGGGGCUGUUGAAAUGGUAACGGUAGGGCUGCCUUCAGUCUUCAAUGCAGAAAAACAAGGAACCUUCUCACCCCAUCAGGAAAGUUGGACCGCUGUGUGUUAAAAGUUAUUGAAGGCACGCUGACUCGAAGCAUUCUCAGAGGACGGUACCUGAAGCAGGUGGGCGGGGGAACGCUGAGCCCAGAAGUGCGCAUGCUGAUGAAACGCGUUGUGGAAGAGGAACUCCUAAAAAUGCACGACAGUGACAGCAGUGACGAUGAACCCCUGGUGAUGAAGACCGUGCGCUUGUCCCCCAACAACAUUAAGCGAAAGAGAGAGGAGGAAGAUGAAGAGGAUAAAGGAUUGGCAAAGAGGAAGAAAUCCCGCCUCCAGACAAGCCCUCCAGAUUCAGCUGAUUCUGGGAUUGAAAGAGUGGGGCAGGAGGGAGAGGACAGAAGCAGGGACGGCGAGGAAGAUGAGGGCAGCGACGCGGGGCAGAAGAAGACAAAAGCCUCUUCUCGAGGGAGACGGAAGAAGGCAACGGAGUCGGACAGCGAGGAAGAUGACAACCGGGUUGCAAUGAAGAGGCAGAAGACCGCUUCUCAAGGGAGACGGAAGAAGGCAACGGAGUCGGACAGCGAGGAAGAUGAGGACCGGGUAGUGAUGAAGAAGAAGGCAACGGAGUCGGACAGCGAGGAAGAUGAGGACCGGGUAGUGAUGAAGAAGAAGGCAGCCGAGUCGGACAGCGAGGAAGAUGACAACCGGGUUGCAAUGAAGAGGCAGAAGACCGCUUCUCGAGGGAGACGGAAGAAGGCAACGGAGUCGGACAGCGAGGAAGAUGAGAACCGGGUUGUGAUGAAGAAGAAGGCAACAGAGUCGGACAGCGAGGAAGAUGACAACCGGGUAGUGAUGAAGAAGAAGGCAGCCGAGUCGGACAGCGAGGAAGAUGACAACCGGGUAGUGAUGAAGAAGAAGGCAGCCGAGUCGGACAGCGAGGAAGAUGACAACCGGGUAGUGAUGAAGAAGAAGGCGGCCGAGUCGGACAGCGAACAGGAUGCGGGAUCCGAAGGGGGGAAAUCCAGAGAUGACCCAGAGAGCUCCGAGAGCGAUCAGGAGAAGGGUCAGCCCCCCAAGAGAGGACGCCACGGGGCGCUGCCCCAGGACGGGGCUGGAGAGGGCCCGCCAGGGAAGGGCCCGCCUGGGGGUGGAGAACGGGAGAACGGGAGGAGGCCAGAGGCAUCAGACUCAUCCUCAGAAGAGGAACAGAGCGAGGGAGAAGAGAAGAUGAGGCCAAAGAAGAAGAGCAACGCUGGAAGUGAAUCAGACUCUUCAUCUCUCCCUUCCCUGGAGGAAGAGGAGGAGCCGAAGGCCAAGUCGGAGCAAGGGAAGAAGACGAUUAAGACAAAAAAGAAAGAAGAGGGAAAGGGCGCCGCAAAAGAAAGCAAGGAGGAAGAGCAUAAGGCAGUGUCCCGGCUGAAGAGGUACAUCGCCCUCUGUGGUGUGAGGCGGAACUACAAGAAGCUGCUGGAAGGCUGUCGCUCUGUGAAGUCCAAGGUUGCUGUGCUAAAGAGGGAGCUGGAGGACCUGGGAGUCACAGGUUUGCCCUCCAUAGAGAAGUGUAAGAAGGUCAGGCUGAAGAGGGAAGAGGCUCAGGAGCUGGCAGAGCUGGACAUGUCCAACAUCAUCAGCACACAAGGGCGUCCUAAGCGGAGGGGUGCGUCAGUGUGGCCGCCCCCGAGAUCAGGCUCCCCCCCUCCCUCUUCAUAUAAGCGCAAAGUGGUGUCUGAUUCGGGCAGCGACGAGGAUCAGGCACAGGAGGGAGUGCGCAGGAGGGCCUGGGGCAGCCUGAAGGGCGUCGUUAGUGACGACGCGGACAGCGACUGAGCACCGGCCACUGCCUGGACCUGUGAUGUCACACUCUGCCUGGACCUGUGAUGUCACACUCUGCCUGGACCUGUGAUGUCACACUCUGCCUGGACCUGUGAUGUCACAUUGGCAGUUUUUACAUGUUAUUAUUAAAAAUGUUUAGCAUUUGUGCUGUUUUAUGGCUCUAAAUCACUCUUUCUUUUGACACUCGUAAUAAAUAACAGAUUUUUGAAAAAGAAUGCCGGUUUUGUGCCUGAAUGGCUUUUUUUAAUCAUUCCAUUGAUGUCUUUGCUAAGAUUUUUGCCUACCAUCUCAGUUGUCUCAGGUGUCCAAGGCAAAGGCCUGUAAUCGUUUCUGCUUCAGCUUUACUUUGCUUUUACUUCUUCCAGUAAACCCGUUACUGGAUGAAGCAGGCCACUCGGGCACCAUGUGAGCUGUGUUCUGCUCUGUGGUUCAGUUCAGCUUCUCUCUGCUUCAUGUUUGCUGUGUUUACUUGCAACAUUACCUCUAGGCCGAGUGUGAUGUUUGGGGUUUUAGAGAUCCAUCUGCAUUGAGCAUGUUUAAGAAUGAGUGAAAGUCAGCCUUUUUGUAAGUAAGUGAGCUCAUGUACUGUUGACUGGAUGUGAAUUCAGGUUGAAUUUCAUGUGUCGUUCCCAACGUUCCCACCGAGGUCUCAGACUUUGCUGGCUUGCAGCAGUUUGAAUCCCGCAGUACCGCGAUGGCUUCAGCACGUUGUAAGUCUCCAGCGGAAAAUUUGGACCUGCUCAUUAUUCACGUGGUGUGCUACAUUUGGAUAAACUUUAUGUAAAUACUUUUGUAACUAUGUUGCUCUCAUUGUGCUUUAAAUAAAAUAGUGACACAAGUAUUACGCAAA